AUGAAAGGGGUGAUGAGGUUUGGAAAGAAGGGAAAGCUAAGCCCAAAGUACAUAAGUCUAUAUGAGAUCAUUCAGAAAGUGGGGAAAGUGGCUUAUAAGUUGGAUUGGCCUAGUGAGCUAGAAAGGGUUAACAAUGUGUUCCAUGUGAGCCAAAUUCGAAAGUAUAUUCCUGAUUUGACACAUGUGUUACAACUAGAAACCAUUGAGAUGGAUGAUAAUUUGAUCUUUGAGGAAAGACCAGUAAAAAUUCUUGACUCUAAGGUCAGGAGCACAAGGAAUAAGGAUGUGAGCAUUGUGAAAGUGUUGUGGUCAAAUUAA